AUGUAUGAUAAUCAUGAGUCAAUUAAUUGCAAUUUGCAUGCAACGCUUUACGCGGAUAAUGAAAGAAAAUUAUCAUUAAUUGGGGAGCAACUCAACAUGAAUAUUAAAUUGCCAGGUGCCGAAAUUGGCAAAGUCGUGACUCGAUUUCCACCGGAGCCUAGUGGAUACUUGCAUAUCGGACAUGCCAAAGCCGCAAUGCUAAAUCAAUAUUUUGCGCAAGAAUAUAAAGGAAAAAUGAUUUUAAGAUUUGAUGAUACAAAUCCUACUAAAGAAAAGGCAUAUUUAACACUGCUUGGUAUACAUGCUGAUCAAAUAACUUAUACUUCGGACCAUUUUGAGGAGCUUUAUCAAUAUGCUAUCAAGAUUAUCAAUAAAGGAUUAGCUUAUGUAGAUGAUACUGAUGUCACUACGGCUAGUAUUACUGGUGGUCCUGAAGUUCCCUACACAAAAGACUUACCAAAGCACAAGAAGAAUCCUAAUGUAGGAACAAAGAAAACAUGGUUUUCUUCGACCAUUUUUAUUGACCAAAAUGAUGCUAAGACAUUUGAAAUUGAUGAAGAGAUAACACUUAUGGACUGGGGAAAUGCUAUAGUUAAAUCUGUUCAUAAAUCAGACUCAGACCCUGAAACAGUGUUAGGGUUAGAUUUGCAACUUCAUUUGGAGGGUGAUUAUAAAAAGACUAAGAAAAAGAUUACUUGGUUGGCUGAUACCGAAGAUGUCUUAGAAAUUGUGUUGGCCGACUAUGAUUAUUUGAUCAAUAAGCGGAAAUUGGAAGAAAAUGAUGAAGUCACAGAUUAUGUCACUGAAAAAACCGAAUUUUUAACUAGUGCUCUUGCAGAUUCUAAUGUGAGAAUGCUUAAGAAAGGUGAUAUAAUUCAGUUUGAAAGAAAGGGAUAUUAUAUACUGGAUGAUAAUAUUUCUACCACAUCUGUUCCACGUUUUAAUCAUAUUCCUGAUGGCAAGGCUAGUAGUAUGGCUUCUAAAGCCGCGAGUGAAAUAAAAAUAUUGAAGGAAGUUAUUAUAAGAGAAAUUAUUGUAUUUAGAAAGUAA